ACGGCACAUAUGUGUUCGUCCCGAGUGGCUAAAUCAAACAAUCAAAGUGCCGACGCACAUAUAUCGCGCGAAAGAUAACCUGCGUGUGGCUUGACUUAACCUAGUCUAAGUAAACCUACAGCGUAAAAUAAUUUAGGCAAAAGAAUUCAUGUUCUUCUUUUUUCAUGUACUUUCUAUCCUGUUUCUCAAAUGUUUUAUUACGUAGUUGGAAUGCAGAAAAUGUGGAACAGUGUAGUUUAAAAGAACGAAUUUUAUGUUACAUGAUGGAGGUCCACUUGGCCACAAAUGCUUCGAAACACUUUCUAUUUUCUAGCUCCGGGAAGUUAGCCGGGCAACUUUUACUUUUUUAAUUUUUUUUACGAAUCGUUUGUUGGUCGUUUGUCGGUUAUUGUUGGCCUAAUUAAAAUUUUUGUUGGCUAAUACUUUUUUUUUUUUUUAAAGAAAAUUUUGUGGGAAGUUAGCCCGACGAAAAUUUAACGGUCCACGGACAUCACGUACACUUUUAAUUAUAAAAUAAUAAUAGGUGUAUUUUGAUUACAACUGCUAGUGAAAUAACGUUUCCUCGUUUGUCCGUAGGUUUGUACAAGGACGCACCAUCGUGCACUUUCAAGACCGCGAGCGGCGUCACGCAAGUCGAAUUUAGCUCCUGCGAGACCAAACUGUUUUCCGCGUGUCGAAAGAGCGGCGAAUUCCUACGCUGGGACCUCCGUAAUCCUGGUGACGUUCUUCAUUCGUUCGAGGGGAGACAAUCGGAUACCAAUCAAAGGAUACAGUCUAACGUUACGUGCAAUGGCAAACAGAUGAUCUCUGGUGGUACUGAUGGAAAUAUUACUGUAUGGGAACUGCCAGACGUCACGGAAUACGGUGAAAAUUUGAACCCAAAGUACAAGAUAAAAUUAUCUGAGGAUUGUAUAAAUGGAAGGAGCUUGCACAAAACUUUACCAAUAGUAGCAACCAGUUUCGGACAAUGUGGUAUCAAGACCGAGCACAGAGACAACAGCGUAAAAUUAUGGGGGGCCCUUUGACAAGACAUCACGCGACUGUAAACAGACCUGUAAAUACUUGAUUUUGUGCCUCCGUUAUCAUUGACAGUACUCGUGCUGACUUUAUCCAAGAAUUUGUGGAUAAAAAGGACAGGACAAUUUUGCCAACACUGACAAUAAGCGACAGAACAGUCUG